UGCUUGCACUAAUAUUUUUGCAGAUGCACUGGAUGAAGUCUUUGACAGUUUAGAACCAGCCUUUGAACGCGUUUCAGAACCUUUAUUGGAUACACUGUCCUCAGGCCCAAUAUCAGUUGGAUUAUCAGGUGGUUUAAUUGGAAGUUCAUAUGAAUGGCCUGUGUUUGAUAACCAACCUUUGACGUCAUCAAUAAAGCUUGAAAAACACUUUUCCUUUUGUUCAAAAUAUUUAUCUUGUUUCUCCUUCUCGUCCUGAGGUAUGUCCAGUGACACAAAUGACAAAUGAUGUUGUUUUGCCUCAUCAACACAUAUUAUUAUUUGAUCCAAAAGAGACUUGACUGCAUCAAUAUUGUCUGCAGAAUGCAUCAACUUAUCCAUCUGAUUCAUGUACGAUUUGGCUCGUCUGCAUUGCACCGAUCUCUUUUCCUGACACGUUUGCAUAAAAAACAUCAUUCCUUUAGCAGUAAAACUUGCGCGUCUUCUUGUAGGAAGCGCCGUGUCGCUUGUGGCUUUAGAUGCAACGUCAGACAUUUUACCCUUUGUUGAUGUUGGUCAUGUACACACACAGUUGCUUGCAAAGAGUGUGUAAAGCACAUACCUUGUGGAACUUCAUUUGUUGCGGUGGUUGCCUUUGUGCACGGAAUUGAAUGAACGCAGUAGCUGUUGUUGCGCGCGGCUGUGCGCAUCACCUGUGAAGGCUUUGGGCCUUUGCGAAUUCAAAUCGCAGCAAAUAAUACCCUCCACUCCGUAGUGCAGCUCCAGCGCUCCAGUAGCUUCACCGUUAUCCAGUACGGUGUCCAGGGAAAUUUUACACUGUCGGAUGGGUCGUAUUAUUCGAUGUUUGCACUGCAUCCAGCCCCCUGGCUCCGUCACUCCUAGGCCCUUUCCUUUGUCUCCCACAUCCAGGUGAAUAAUCCACUUUCGAAACGGCAAUCAGCAAACGACAAGUCCAGUAUCCACGCAAACCCACAAUAUAUCCAGGGCAGGUUUUUUACUUAAUGUAGUGGCUAUUUGUCCAUAAACUUAAACAAAAACAAAUAAUAACAAACUUCUCAAAUGGCCACUUGAGGCUACGUCAUGGUUAGGCUUUACGCAGGUUCAGAGGUACCAAAGCAAGAUAAUGUCCAUAACAAGACUGAGUUUGAGGAGGUUUAUUCACACACAUAAGCAAGCUUACAGACAUUUCUGCUGCCUCUCUCACGCUGGUAAAAAACCAUAUGCCCUCGUGCCUGCGGCACCUCUCACCUUGACCUACUUAUGCAAAUGAACAUAACACCAUGUGACCAACAAACGACAAUGCAAGUAAAGCAUAACUACAAAAUAAACCAAAUUAACUUUAACAAAUAAAUUGGGCUAUAAAUUAACUCAAACCCAAAAUAAACAAAAAUAAGAAUAUAGCUCCAACACUUAUGUUGGUACAACCAGGCUAUACGUUAUGGUAGGCUACUGAAUGAUAACACAAGUUGAUGUUCUGGACCUUUUGCUUUGUGAAAUUUUCUCUAACUGGACCUCUUUGAACUUUAAUUAAAUAGCCCUGCUGUACUGUCUCCAGACACCUCAAUCAACAAGGGUCUUAUGUUGAUGAUACUACUAGACCAUUGUUCAUUGAGGUGAUUUUGGAGACACUAAAGCUUCUAACAGUAAAGUUAUUGAAUAUUAAAUUCCCCAAAUCUACAUUUCUAUGAAGUAGUGUUGUAUCACCAGCAGGAUACCGCUGAUGUGUGGGGUGAUUUUGUAGACAUGACAACUUAUCAGUGUAGAUAUUGAAUCGGGGACUUUAUAUCCAAAUGUACCAAACUGAUUCACAGGGAUCUCUCCAAACUGCUGAUUAGUCCAAAGUGAGGACUAUGGGAGUGAUCGACUGUAUCGAUGCCUAUAGGGAGACAGGCUGAGGUGUUGGAACACAGAGUGGAGACACUGUUAGCUGCACCAUCCAGUACAUGUAAAAUACAACACACCAGCUGAGCUGUAACAACAAGAACACCUGAACUGAAGUCCAGAAGAUGGAAGAGGAGGACAGAGCAGAGUCUGCAGGAUCCAGCUGUCUGUCUAUGAAGAGUGACUUGUCCAAAGAUGAACCUCCAUACCUCAGUCCUGAACCUGGACCCUCAGACACAGGAUCCAGCUGUCUGUCUAUGAAGAGUGACUUGUCCAAAGAUGAACCUCCAUACUUCAGUCCUGAACCUGGACCCUCAGACACAGGAUCCAGCUGUCUGUCUAUGAAGAGUGACUUGUCCAAAGAUGAACCUCCAUACUUCAGUCCUGAACCUGGACCCUCAGACACAGGAUCCAGCUGUCUGUCUAUGAAGAGUGACUUGUCCAAAGAUGAACCUCCAUACUUCAGUCCUGAACCUGGACCCUCAGACACAGGAUCCAGCUGUCUGUCUAUGAAGAGUGACUUGUCCAAAGAUGAACCUCCAUACUUCAGUCCUGAACCUGGACCCUCAGACACAAAAGAGAGGAAGAGGAGUCAUGUUUCUGUGGAGGAGCAGCCGUCCUGCUGUGCUUUGUGUCAGGACGUCCUGAAGGAUCCAGUCUCUACCAGCUGUGGACACUGGUUCUGCAGACGGUGCAUCACCUCAUACUGGGACCAGUCUGCUUCAUCAGGACACUCCUCCUGUCCCCAGUGUGGAGAAAGAUCCAGAACUUCUGUGACAGUGGAUGGCAGUCUGCAGGAGGUUUUAGAUGAACAUAAGAUCAGUCUGAGGAGGAGAUGUGAACGUGUGACUGAAGGAAGUGAUGAAACAGGAAGUGGAACCCUCCUCAACAGGAUCUACACUGAGCUCUACAUCACAGAGGGACAGAGUGAAGAGGUUAAUACCCAGCAUGAGGUGAGGCAGCUUGAGACAGCUUCCAAGAAGAAGACCCUCCAUGACACUCCAAUCAGGUGCCAGGACAUCUUUAAAGCCUUACCUGGCCAACAGAGAGCCAUCAGAGUGGUUCUGACCAACGGCGUCGCUGGCGUUGGAAAAACCUUCUCGGUGCAGAAGUUCACUCUGGACUGGGCAGAGGGCUCGGAAAACCAAGAUGUCGGUCUGCUGGUUCUGCUCUCGUUCAGGGAGCUGAACUUGAUCAAAGAUGAGCGGCACAGUCUCCUCACGCUGCUCCAUGUUUUCCAUCCAACAUUACAGAAGGUCCCAGCAGAGAAGCUCGCCGUCUGGAAACUGUUGUUCAUCUUUGACGGCCUGGAUGAAAGCAGACUUUCAUUGGAUUUCAACAACAGUGAGGUUGUGUCUGAUGUCACAGAGAAGUCAUCAGUCAACCUGCUGCUGACAAACCUCAUCGAGGGGAAUCUGCUUCCCUCGGCGCUCGUCUGGAUAACUUCCAGACCUGCGGCGGCCAAUCAGAUCCCUCCUUCGUGUGUUGGCAGGGUAACAGAAGUACGAGGCUUCACUGACGCCCAGAAGGAGGAGUACUUCAGGAGGAGAGUCAGUGAUGAAGAGCUGUCCAGCAGAAUCAUCUCACACAUCAAGACCUCCAGGAGCCUCCACAUCAUGUGUCAGAUCCCAGUCUUCUGCUGGAUCACUGCUACAGUUCUGGAGCACAUGUUGACUACAGAGCAGAGAGGAGAGCUGCCCAAGACCCUGACUGACCUGUACUCACACUUCCUGCUGGUUCAGAUAAAGAAGAAGAAGCAGAAGUACGAUGAGGGACAUGAGACGAGUCCACAGGAGCUGACGGAGGCUGACAGGGAGGUUCUUCUGAAGCUGGGGAGGCUGGCGUUUGAACAGCUGGAGAAAGGAAACAUCAUGUUCUACCAAGAAGACCUGGAGCAGUGUGGUCUUGAUGUCACAGAGGCCUCGGUGUACUCAGGAGUUUGUACAGAGAUCUUCAAAAGAGAGAGUGUGAUCUUCCAGAAAACAGUCUACUGCUUUGUUCAUCUGAGCGUUCAGGAGUUUCUGGCUGCAGUCUACAUGUUCCACUGUUACACCAGCAGGAACAAAAAGGGACUGGAGGACUUCCUGAGGAAAGACUGGGACAGUGAUUCAUUCAUUGAUGAAGACGAAGAUGAAGAUGAAGACAAAGAUGAACACGAUGAUGAAGACGACGGCGACGACAGACGGGAUAAUGACAAUGAUUCAUCCCUGGAUGUCUUCCUGAGGCGUUCCAUGGAGAAAUCUCUCCUAAGUAAAAAUGGCCACCUGGACCUGUUUGUUCGCUUCCUUCAUGGCCUCUCUCUGGAGUCCAACCAGAGACUCUUAGGAGACCUGCUGGGUCGGACAGACAACAGUCCAAAAAUCCUCCAGAGAGCCAUCAACAACCUGAAGGAGAUGAACAUGUACAUGAUCUCUCCUGACAGAAGCAUCAACAUCUUCCACUGUCUGACGGAGAUGAACGACCACUCAGUACAUCAGGAGAUCCAAGAGUUCCUGAAGUCAGAGAACAGAUCAGAGAAGGAACUCUCUGAGUUCCACUGCUCAGCUCUGGCCUACAUGCUGCAGAUGUCAGAGGAGGUUCUGGAUGAGUUGGACUUGAAGAAGUACAACACAUCAGAUGAGGGACGACAGAGACUGAUUCCAGCUGUGAGGAACUGCAGAAAGGCUCAACUUUUCGACUGUGGACUCUCAGAGACUCACUGUGAAGUCAUGGCCUCAGCUCUGAAGUCCAACCCCUCCCAUCUGAGAGAGCUGGACCUGAGUAAAAACUAUCUGGAGGAUUCAGGAGUGAAGCUGCUGUCUGCUGGACUGGAGAGUCCAAACUGUAGACUGGAGACUCUGAGAUUGAGGGGCUGCAGGUUGUCAGAGAUCAGCUGUGCUUCUCUGGCCUCAGCUCUGAAGUCCAACCCCUCCCAUCUGAGAGAGCUGGACCUGAGUGACAACAAGCUGCAGGAUUCAGGAGUGAAGCUGCUGUGUGGUUUUCUGGAGAGUCCACACUGCAGACUGGAGACUCUGAGAUUGUGGGGGUGCAGUUUGUCAGAGAUCAGCUGUGCUUCUCUGGCCUCAGCUCUGAAGUCCAACCCCUCCCAUCUGAGAGAGCUGGACAUGAGUGACAACAAGCUGCAGGAUUCAGGAGUGAAGCUGCUGUGUGGUUUUCUGGAGAGUCCAUACUGCAGACUGGAGACUCUGAGGUUGAGUUACUGCUGUUUGUCAGAGAUCAGCUGUGCUUCUCUGGCCUCAGCUCUGAAGUCCAACCCCUCCCAUCUGAGAGAGCUGGACCUGAGUGACAACGAGCUGCAGGAUUCAGGAGUGAAGCUGCUGUGUGGUUUUCUGGAGAGUCCACACUGCAGACUGGAGACUUUGAGAUUGGACAGCUGCAGUUUGUCAGAGAUCAGCUGUGCUUCUCUGGCCUCAGCUCUGAAAUCCAACCCAUCCCACCUGAGAGAGCUGGACAUGAGUAACAACAAGCUGCAGGAUUCAGGAGUGAAGCUGCUGUGUGGUUUUCUGGAGAGUCCACACUGCAGACUGGAGACUCUGAGUUUGAGGUGGUGCAGUUUGUCAGAGAUCAGCUUUGCUUCUCUGGGCUCAGCUCUGAAGUCCAACCCCUCCCAUCUGAGAGAGCUGCAGCUGAUCUACAAUGAGCUGCAGGAUUCAGGACUGGAGGUGAUCUCUGUCAGAGUGUGA